AAACACUUCAUCUUAUCCCGUGUCAUUGCGUCUUCCAUCCUUUUAAAUAUCAUACAUUUACUUUUCUUCUUUUCUUCUUAUCUUUGAUUCUCACUACAGUAUACAACUCGUUUCCUUACUUGCCUUGUUCAAACUUGCCUUUUUUUUUUUCAUCCAUUUCUCCACCUGAUAUUUUUGGGGAGGUUUUUUUUCUUUUUUAUUCUUGUUUUUUUUUCUUUGUUUGCAUCUGUUCAUUGAUACCGAGUUAUGACUGACCAUUCGUCAGUAAACUCAAUCAAUAUUCAGCAUUGUACCGAUAAAACGCGUCUUUGUACGGGUUAUCCUUAUUGUUCGCAUUGUGCUUCUGGUUUUCGGGAAAACAAGCCGUGGCGUAUGGCCUUUGUAACCAAUCGUUCCAAUGAUCAAGGCAUCACCACGGGCAGAACCAUUUUUACCUCCAAGAGUACUGGCACGAGCAUGUCGACUGUAACUACCACGACAUUUGCCGAUAUUCCACGUCGAUUGAGUUCUGGAUCUGCAUGUGAAACGUGUCGCAAACGUAAAACCAAGUGCGACGGUGGCCAACCUUGUGCGUUUUGUGCUUCCAAUCGUAUCGAAUGCAUACAUCGAAUCAGCAAACGAAAACAGCAACGCAGUUCAGCAUGCGAUUCUUCACGCCCCUAUUUAUCGGCAAGUCCCACAUCAGUCAGUGAACAUUCUUUUGCGGUAUCACCAGAGAUUACUUCCGCCAAUCUAUGCCCCACGAGAGAUCUCUUUCAUAACCAGCACACCGGAUCAUCUGGAACCCAUUCAGGCGGGAGUCAUUUGGGGACGACUGUCAAAGUAAAUGGUUCAGAAUUGACCCUUCAUCAUCUCUCAUCAAAUGCUUCAAUCUCUGGCGCUGGAAAAUCAGCUGCACAAUCCUUGCUUCCGUCACUGUCACUGCCAUCAAGGAUGAAUGAUACUUCCGGGGCCAGUCUAAAUACGUAUGCCUCAAGCUUGACUGAAAAUCCUGUGAAUGGAAAAGAUGAGAUCCCUAGUAUUAUGGACCAAUUGUCCUGCCGUACCUUUUCAAUUGCAUUAGCAGCAUCUGUCGAUCAUCCUAGUAAUUAUCCUAUUUAUCCCAUCUCGUCUUCGUGGACAGUGGCAUCUAGCCCGCAUCAAUCAUCAUAUGAACACAACGAUAACGUGUAAGAGACGCUCUUUUCGUCGAUAUGAACAUCCACAGUCGAUGGUGAGAAUCUUUAUGCCUCUAUGAACUUAUGGUCUAUCACAUUUGUCUUUUUUUUUUUUCCUUGAAACUUCCUCAACCUAUAUUUUAUCUAUAUGUGAACAUCACCAUAGACUCUUUUUUUUUGGAUAUCUUCAUUUUAAAAAAGCUUUUUAGAGUAGCGAUAUGAAAAACUUUAUAUUAAAAAAGACUAAGCGUUUCUUUAUCUGAAGAUAAUAAUAUGAAAAAUCGGAUAAAGAGACUGUUUCGAAC